AUGGGUCCUGAACACUCGUCCACACCAGAGGGUCCGCCGCCGCCCGCGCUCCACGGAACCCUGCGUCUCCGGCGCGUUUCCGGACGGAGGAGUUCGGCGUCGCCCCCACGCUCGACUUCCGGCCUGGCUGCGGCUGUGGCGCAUGGCGGCCCCAGGACGCCCUGCUCAGGAGACAUCGGAGGAGCCGGGGCGCACCCUGUGGGCGCUGAAGGCGAUGCAGUCUCUAAGAAGCCAAGGAAGAAGAAAACCCGGAACCGGGCUUCUCUGGCGAAUGGAGGCGGGAAGGCCUGCAAGGCGCCCGCCCCAGCGGAACCUCCUGCAAGCGCGGAGGCCCAGGCGGAACAGCUGGCCCGGGAGCUGGCUUGGUGCAUAGAACAGCUGGAGCUCGGCUUGAGAACCCGGAGACCCAGCCCAAAGCAGAAAGAGCAAGCUACCGGGGCAAUCCGGACCCUGCGCAGCGAAAGAACCCCACUGCCCCGGAAGAGGCAGCUCAUGCAUUCCUUGUUUGGGGACUACCGGACUCAGAUGGAAGCAGAGCGUCGGGAGGCCCUGCGGGCCCUCAGGGCUGCAGCCCAGUCAGCACAAGUGCAGCCUGUAGGUGAGGCUGCCAGACUGAAGAGCCGAAGAGUCUGUAGGCUUCGUCCAGUGGGGGGAGCCAAGGCCCCCCCGGACACCCUUGAUGAAGAGUUCAGGUUCAAUUUCUUCUAG